GCGUCGGUUAGUCGGAUUGGAGCGGUUUAAGUAAAUUAGUCCAACAUUUUUUAUUUACUUUUUUUUUUUUCGCACAAGUGAAGUUAAACUCGAUUUAAAAAGUCGACCUUUCGUUUUCCGAGAUCUAAAUAACGAUUUAAAGAACUGCACUAAAGAACAGGAAUUGGACAAAAUGGCUGAAACUGACGGACCACUGAAGGCUUUGUUUGAGAACAAGGCUCUUAGCAAGGCCAAAAAGGAUGAGAAACGUCUCUCAGUGGAGCGUAUUUACCAGAAGAAGACACAGCUGGAGCAUAUCCUGCUCCGGCCUGACACCUACGUUGGCUCCGUGGAACCUGUUACCCAGCAAAUGUGGGUGUUUGACAGUGAUGUCGGGAUGAACUGCAGGGACGUGACGUUUGUUCCUGGUCUCUACAAGAUCUUUGACGAGAUCCUGGUCAAUGCUGCAGAUAAUAAGCAGAGAGACGGCAGCAUGAACUGCAUCAAGAUCACCAUCGACCCUGAGAACAACAUCAUCAGUGUUUGGAACAACGGAAAGGGCAUUCCUGUCGUGGAGCACAAAGUGGAAAAAGUCUUUGUGCCAGCGCUCAUUUUUGGGCAGCUUCUCACCUCCAGCAAUUAUGACGAUGACCAGAAGAAGGUUACAGGUGGUCGUAACGGAUACGGUGCCAAGCUGUGCAACAUCUUCAGCACCAAGUUCACUGUGGAGACGGCGUGCAGUGAAUCCAAAAACUGCUUCAAACAGACGUGGUUUAACAACAUGGACCGUACAGGCGAGGCCAAAAUCCGUCCUUUCUCUGGUAACGACUACACCUGCAUCAGCUUCCAACCAGAUCUGGCCAAGUUUAAGAUGGAGUCGCUGGACCGCGACACGGUGGCUCUGUUGACGAGACGUGCGUACGACGUCGCCGGCUCCUCCAAAGGAGUAAAAGUUCACCUAAAUGGCACCAAGCUGCCUGUCAGCGGAUUCCGGAGCUACGUGGACCUGUACGUAAAGGACAAAACGGAUGAGACGGGCUCUCCUCUCACUGUCGUGCAUGAGGUGGUCAACCCACGAUGGGAGGUUUGCCUCACCAUGAGUGAGAAAGGCUUCCAGCAAGUCAGCUUUGUGAACAGCAUCGCUACCACCAAGGGUGGGAGGCACGCAGACUAUGUGGCAGACCAGAUCGUGUCCAAGAUGAUCGAGGUGGUGAAGAAGAAGAACAAAGCCGGAGUGACGGUCAAACCAUUCCAGGUGAAGAACCACAUGUGGCUGUUUGUGAACUGCCUGAUCGAGAACCCCAGCUUUGACUCACAGACCAAAGAGAACAUGACGCUGCAGCAGAAGAACUUCGGCUCCACCUGCUCACUGAGCGAGAAGUUCAUCAAGCAGGCGAACAACUGUGGCGUUGUAGAGAGCGUGAUGAACUGGGUGAAGUUCAAAGCUCAGACUCAGCUUAACAAGAAGUGCUCAGCUGUCAAACACUCAAAGAUCAAGGGUGUGCCCAAGCUGGACGACGCCAACGACGCUGGUGGUCGAAACUCGUCCGACUGCACUCUGAUCCUCACUGAGGGAGAUUCGGCCAAGACGCUGGCCGUUUCUGGACUCGGAGUGAUCGGCCGCGAUCGCUAUGGUGUUUUCCCUCUGAGAGGAAAAAUGCUCAACGUGCGGGAAGCCUCGCACAAGCAGAUCAUGGAUAAUGCUGAGAUCAACAACAUCAUCAAGAUCCUUGGUCUGCAGUACAAGAAGAACUACAGUGACCCCGAUUCGCUAAAAUCGCUGCGUUACGGCAAGCUCAUGAUCAUGACAGAUCAGGAUCAGGACGGAUCUCACAUCAAAGGGCUUCUCAUCAACUUCAUCCACCACAACUGGCCUUCACUGCUGCACCACGACUUUCUUGAGGAGUUCAUCACACCAAUCAUUAAGGCGUCCAAUAAGAAGCAGGCCUUCUCUUUUUACAGCAUCCCAGAAUUCAAUGAAUGGAAAGACAAGCAGAGCAACCUUAAUUCAUGGAAGAUCAAGUACUACAAAGGUUUGGGUACCAGCACAGCCCUGGAGGCCAAAGAGUAUUUCUCGGAUAUGGCGAGACAUCGCAUCCCGUUUAAGUACUCGGGGCCUGCCGAUGACGAGGCUAUCACCCUUGCCUUUAGUAAGAAGAAAGUUGAAGAGAGAAAAGAGUGGCUCACCAGCUUCAUGAUCAACAGGCGUCAGCGGAGAGAACACAACCUCCCAGAGGAGUACCUUUAUGGAAAGGAGACCACCUCGCUGUCGUACCACGACUUCGUCAACAAGGAGCUGGUGCUUUUCUCCAACUCUGAUAACGAGCGCUCUAUUCCAUGUCUGGUGGAUGGUCUGAAGCCAGGUCAGAGAAAGGUGAUGUUCUGCUCCUUCAAACGAAAUGAUAAGCGUGAGGUGAAAGUGGUGCAGCUGGCUGGUUCUGUCGCCGAGAUGUCGGCUUAUCAUCACGGAGAGACCUCUUUGAUGAUGACCAUCGUGGGCCUGGCACAGGACUUUGUAGGCAGUAACAACCUGAACCUGCUGCAGCCUCAGGGACAGUUCGGUACGCGUCUGCACGGAGGCAAAGACUCGGCCAGUCCCAGAUACAUUUUCACCAUGCUCAGCCCUCUCGCCCGCCUGCUCUUCCCUUCAGUGGACGACAACCUACUGAAGCACAAUUACGACGACAACAAGCGCGUGGAGCCCGAGUGGUACGUCCCGAUCAUCCCUCUGGUGCUGGCCAACGGUGCCGAUGGGAUCGGCACGGGCUGGGCCAGCCGCCUCCCGAACUACGAUGUGCGCGAGAUCGUCAACAACAUCCACCGCAUGCUCGAGGGCGAAGAGCCGCUGCCCAUGCUGCCCAGUUACAAGGGAUUUAAGGGCACCAUUGAAGGGGUGACGACCAACCAGUACAUGAACAGUGGUGAGGUGGCCAUCCUCGAUUCCACCACCAUCGAGAUCUCCGAAUUGCCUGUGAAAACCUGGACUCAGACGUACAAAGAGAACGUGCUCGAGGUGAUGCUCAACGGCUCUGAGAAGGUUCCUCCUCUGAUCACGGAUUAUAAGGAGUACCACACGGACACCACCGUGCGCUUCGUGGUCAAAAUGACCGAGCAGAGGCUGAUGGAGGCUGAAGCAGCAGGGCUGCACAAGGUCUUCAAGCUCCAGAACCCACUGACCUGCAACUCCAUGGUGCUGUUUGAUCAUGUUGGCAGCCUUAAGAAGUACGAGACCGUGCAGGACAUCCUGAGGGACUUCUUCGAGCUGCGCCUGAAGUACUACGUGCUGAGGAAGGACUGGCUGCUCGGCAUGCUCGGAGCCGAGAGCGCCAAGCUCUCCAACCAGGCCCGAUUCAUCCUGGAGAAGAUCCAGGGCACGCUGGUCAUCGAGAACAAGCCCAAGAAGGAGUUGAUCCGCAUGCUGCAGGAGAUGGGUUACGAUUCAGAUCCUGUUAAGGCAUGGAAGGCGUCUCAGGAAAAGGAACCAGAGGAGGAGGGGGGUGAUGGAGAUGAAGAGAAGGAGAAAGAAGAUAGAUCAGGUCCAGAUUAUAAUUACCUCCUCAGCAUGCCCAUGUGGUUCCUGACCAAAGAGAAGAAAGAGGAGCUGUGCAAGCAGAAAGAUGCGAAGCUGAGCGAGUUGAGCGUGCUGAAGAGGAAAUCUCACUCAGACCUGUGGAAGGAAGAUCUGGCUGCCUUCACUGAGGAGCUGGAGCGCUUGGAACAGGCCGAACACGCCGCCCAGUCCUCGAUCACCGAGGUCAAAGGCAAAGGUGGCAAGUCCAGGGUGGUGAAGAUGAAGGCAGAGACCAGGCCCACCCCACAGGGACGUCGCGUUGUGCCACGCGUCACCAGUGCCAUGAAGGACCAGGCUGUCAAAAAGGUUGGCGCCAAGAAGGGCAAAGGCAAGUCCGAGAGUGAUGGCAGUGUGGUGAUGAAGAUGGAGUUUGGAGAUGAAGAUGGAGAGGCAGGAGGAGACUCUCAGGAGGUCGGACUGGCCGCACGUCCUGCCAAGAAGGUCAAAAAGGAGCCCAAAGAGAAAGCCUCUAAGUCAGGAAAGCAGACCACACUGCAGUUCAAACCCGUCAAGAAAGAUAAGAAGAAGAACCCGUGGUCCGAGUCGGAGGAGGACGAGGAGGACUCUGACAUGUCCACAAGUGCAGCAGAGGUGGCACCCAGGGAGAAACUGGGCAGGAAAGCCAAUGCUGGGGUUAAAUACAGCCUGUCUGACAGUGAAGAGGAAUCAAACUGGCAGAGUCUGGGCAAAAAGAAAGCUGCGGCUGUAGUGGAGUCUGAUGAUGACGACGCAGAUGAUCUGUUUGUCCCAGAGCCCAGCGCUGUAUCUGAAAGUGAACCAGACUCACCUCCCCUGCCUCCACAGAAGAAGACCGUGUCCAAACCCAAAGAGAAGGAAGUGGUCAAGAGCACGGCCUCCUCUGAAACUGCUGCUCCUAAAGCUCCUGCCAAACCUAAAGAAAAAGCUGUAAAGAAGCCAGCAGAGGGUGCUGCCAAGAAAGCUGCCACAAAGAAAACCACUGCCACUCCCAAAAAGAAGGCAGCGUCUGCAGAUGUCAAGCAGCCGUCUAUCCUUGAUGCACUUGCCAAGCCUGCCAAAAAGAGCACAGCCUCCAAGCCUGCAUCAUCCAGCGAAUCAGAAAGCUUCGCCCCUGCACCGGCGGCCAAAAAAGCGCCCGUUCGUAAGAGGAAAGUGGCUGAGAGCAGCGACGAAUCGGACAGCGACUCCGAUUCAGGAAAUCUCAUGGCGCGCCUCAAGGGCAAAGCCACCACUGCCGGAAAGAAGUCCAAGUGGGAGGAGGACGACAGUUUUGCACUGGAUGUUGAUUCUCCUGCCGUGGCUCCCAGAACCAAAACAGCGCGCACCACCAAACCGGUCACUUACGCUCUGGACUCCGACUCGGACGACGACUUUUAGACUGUUAACGUUACCUCAUGGUGCCAGGGUGUCGUUGAUUCUGUUAAGCAGCUAAUUCACUUCUGUUUCAGUUCUAGUUGCUUUUAUUACUGUGUUUGGUUUUAAUUCUUCUGCUGAACGCUUCUGGUUUUUAUGUCGUUGUCUGUUUUCUGUUUUAACUGAAGUAUCUCCCCAAACCCCCGACCCAAGUGCUUUGUGUUUGUGGUGUUCUGUCUUGUAAAUAUUUUGUAUGUUUUUCUACUUAAAUUUGCAUAAAUAAAUGAUGUUUCUGAUAAGUGA